AUGGAUCAAGGAGCAUAUAAUGCUCUUUUAGAAUUCCUUCAAAACGCUACAGCACAACACCAAGAACAACAAAAUGCCGCUUUAGAAGUUUUUAACCAAUUUAUUAAUGUAGAAACAAUUCCUUACAUCUUUGAAGCACUUAAACAAUCAUCUUCAACUCCAAUUCGUAGUUUCUGCAUUAUAUUACUCAGAAAGAUACGUAUUUCAUGCCAAGAAUCAUUCGAUGAUGGAAUUUAUGAAAUGAUUGUUCAAAAUUUAAUAGAAAAUAUACUCAAAGAACAGCAAUAUACCAUUCGCGCAAACAUGGUAGAAGAAUUAGCCGAAUAUCACUAUAUAAAUACUGAGUUAAUCACGAAUUUUGCUCAAAAUUUGUUUGAAAAUCAAAAUCUUAUAUCGACUGGUCUAUAUUUCAUCUUAAAAUUCAUCGAUUUUGAUGAUGAGUAUGGUGAUUUCAUCAAUCAAAUGCUUCCUUUAUUACAAAAUCAAUUUGAAUCGAAUGAUGAACAGACAAGAACGCUUUCCUUUAAGAUUUUCGAGAAUGCUAUAUUCAGAGGCAUCAAGUACAUCGAUAUUUUGAAUGAAUGCGAAUGGAUUCCUGAAUUAAUUUUUAAUCAUUUGCAAAGAGUUUGUACAUCCAAUGCAUCAUUCGAUGAAGCCAAAGCAGUCAUUGAUCUCAUCGAACAGGCACUCGCUAGCGAGUUUUAUUCAGGUUUUGAUGAAAAUCAACUAGAAAUUUACACAGUUCUUGCAACCGGAUUAGCAAAUCAACAAUUAUCAGUUGAUAUUCGUCUAUAUAUUAUACAAGUUAUCGAUGAUUUGUUCGAAUUUCAAGUAGAAGAAUCAUUUUCAGAAUCAUUCCAGAUUUUUAUUGAUUUAGCAGCAAACGUAUAUCAAGAAUUGCCUGGAUCUGAAGAUUACAGGAUUCCUCUUGAUCUGUUAGUCAAUUCUAAGUUUUAUGAAAUUUAUAAUAGGUCAUUUAUGAGUAUUAUUGAGAUUCUUCAGCCAUUUAUCGAAUCAGAAGAUGAAGGAAAGAUCGUUGUCAGCUUGAAUAUGUUUACAGAUCUCUUUGCUUUGUUAGGAAAAGGGUAUCUUCCUAAUGCAGCAUCAAAUAUCAAUGAUUUGAUCGAACCAAUGACAAAAUAUUGCCUCUACUAUCUAUCUAUUGAUAACGCUAAUAUAGUUAGCGCUGCUGCUCAAUUUUCUCAGGAAUUAUUUUCGGCAUUACCGAACGAAAUGCAAAAUAGCCUCACAGAACUUUGCACCUCGCUUGCUCAGAACAUUAAUUUCAUGCCAAACAUCAAUGCUUUGGCAAAUAUUUUGAUGGCCUCAUCAGUUCCUCCAGAAAACCACUUGGAAAUACUCGAUGAGCUCUUAUCCUCGCUUUCUAAUACCGAUUCACCUAUAUUUGCUGACUCAUUGCUUCAAGCAAUUGGAUGUCUCAUUGAAAUUAUGCCUCAUGGCUAUGAUGAGCAGCUUUCUCAGCUUAUUCCAGCUUUGAAUACAUUUAUAGGAACAGGAGAUAAGAAUUUAGUCGCUCCUGCCUUCGAAUGUUUUUCAUCUUUAGUUGUAGCUUGCCCGAAUCUGAUUGUUAACCAUGUAGAAGAGCUCGUUACAACAAUUGUACAGCUGAACAAAGAUUUGCAUAACGCUAUCUUUGAUUCUGCUUUUUCAUUAUUAAUAACUUUGGCUGGAUACCUUCCAGAUUCGAUCCUUCCUCUCCUUGAACAUGUUGAUCAGUUCAUUUAUGACACAAUUGUCAGACUCGACAGCAUGAAACCCCAUAAAGAAAAGCAAAUUGAAGAAGAAGAGGAAGAAUUCAACGAAGAAGAAAGCCAAAACGAUGAAGAAGAGGAGAAAGAUGAAGAAAGUGUCUUCGACAUGAACGCUAAAACAGAAUCUUUCGCAAUCAGAGCGUUAGGAGAGUUAAUGGUCUCAUUUCCAUCUCAAUUACAGAACAGAAUGCCAUUUUUACUGACCAUGAUCAAAGAAUUGAAUUCAAGCUGCAUGCCACAAGUCGUAGAAGCAGCUGUUCAAGCAGCAAUUCCGCUUACAAUGGCGAUGAUCAAAAUUGGAAAGUCCGCUGAUGAUGUUUUAACAGCUGUAUUGAUGUCAACGCCUGUUGCUAAUACAGUUAGUAUAUCAGCGGCCAUUUGGACUGUCGUUGGAAGCGUUUUGGAGCAAUUAGAUCAAAAUGGAAUUGUUUCAUCCAUAGGAUUGAUCUCAGCUUUUGCUGCCGAAGCUGUUGGAUGCGUAGAAGACAAGAGGCAUCCAUUCCAUCCUGUUCUUCAGCCUCCAGUUCUCAGAGCCAUCCAAAUUUACUGCGAAAGAGGCGGAGUUGAAGCAAGCGAAGACAUUUUAUCAAUAAUUCAGUAUAUCAUCGAUACAAUACAGAGUUCUAAGGAAGAAGAGGAAGAAAUUAAUUUUUCAUUGAUGGUCCUUUCAUCACCUGCGAUCGCUGCAUGCGCUGUUGCAUUGCAGAAUGAAGAGAUGCUUGAAAUAGCUAUAAAUUAUGCCUUAACUGUCUUGCAACAAAACGAAUCCCAAAAAUUAAUCAGCUCUGCCAUCGAAUGUCUCAUAAUUAUCACAAAGCAUCAUCCACAAAUGAUCGCAGAAAACGCUACUGCUGUCGCUGCCCAGAUAGCUCCUUACUUAAGUAGUACAACUGAAUGCGGAAUUUCUGCAGUUUCAUUAAUUUUCGCUUUUAACCUGUUUGCGAACAAAAUAUUGACAGACAAAGAAGCAGAGAAUUGUUUGUCAAUGUUUGGUUGCAAAGGAGAUUCAAAAUAUCUCCCUUUGGCCGCAAUGUUUGUCUUCAAAUGCGCUACAACAAAUCCAACCGUUUUUUCAAAUUGGAGUUUACAAAUUUCUUGCGCUUUGUUGUCGGCAAACGAUGCGAUCAGAAGAGAUGCAUCUGAGGAUAUCAUACAGAACUGCAUCCAAAUUGUAGGUCAGGAUAUGCAACAAAACGGAGAUUCUCAUGUAAGAGAAAUUCUCGGAUUCAAUCAAAGAUUGUUUAAUAAUUUAGCUACUUAUUUCCAAUAG